AUGCCGCUCACUCCCCUCCGCCCCGGCGUCUAUGCGCCAACUAUGACCUUCUUUGACCCCAACACUGAGGAUCUUGAUGUUGCCACGAUCCGCCACCAUGCGGUGCGCCUGGCCAAGGCUGGUCUGGUCGGUCUGAUCACCAUGGGCUCGAACGGUGAGGCUGUGCAUCUCACUCGCGAGGAGCGCUCUACAGUGACCCGGGAGACUCGAUCCGCCCUGGACGAGGCCGGCUUCACCAAUGUGCCCGUGAUCGCCGGUGCCAGCGAGAACAGCAUCCGCGGCACCAUCGAGCUGUGUAAGGAGGUUGCCCAGGCCGGUGGCGAAUAUGCCCUCAUCGUGCCCCCUAGCUACUACCGCUACGCCGUUGGCAACGACGAGACCAUCUACGAGUACUUCACGGCCGUCGCCGAUGGCUCGCCCAUCCCUUUAAUCCUCUACAAUUACCCCGGGGCUGUCGCCGGCAUCGACAUGGACUCCGACCUCAUCAUCCGCAUCUCUCAGCACCCCAACAUCGUCGGCACCAAAUUCACCUGCGCCAACACCGGCAAGCUGACGCGUGUCGCAGCCGCCCUCGGCGCCGUCACUCCAGCAUCCCCCUUGGCCCCUGCCCAGCGCGCUGCUCCCACCGUCUCCAAGUCUGAUGCGAAGCAUCCCUACGUUGCCUUCGGCGGCAUCGCCGACUUCAGCCUGCAGACCUUGAUUUCGGGCGGCUCGGCUAUCUUGGCCGGUGGUGCCAACGUCCUCCCGCGCCUGUGCGUGCGCAUCUUCACCCUCUGGUCCGAGGGCCGUCUCGCCGAAGCCAUGGAGGCCCAACAGCAGCUCAGUGCGGCGGACUGGGUCCUCACCAAGGCUGCCAUUCCCGGCACCAAGUCGGCGAUCCAGACUUACUAUGGUUACGGCGGCUACCCCCGUCGGCCAUUGGCUCGCCUCAGUGAUUCCCAGGCUCAGGAGAUCGCUGGCAAGAUUAAGAGUGCGCUGGACGUGGAGCUGUCACUGAAGGAUAUAGCGUAA